CGCGCCGGGCGGAGGACGAGACGUGAGGCCUGCGGCUCAGGGCGCCUUCCCCCUCGGCUUCCCGAACCCUGCCAGGUCCGACCCGAGGGGGAGGAUGGAUACACCAGCGGCGUUCUGAGCCUGCGCAGAAGAUAACACCCCUGCGGCCACCGCACCCCACCGUCCUGCCCAGGCCACCCCCUCGUCCCCUCUACUACUCAGUCUCCCGGAGUCGGACGCGUGGAAAAGCGCGCGAUGGCAGACAACUUGAAGAAGCUGGCCAAAAGCGAAUCUUUUCAGGGGCUCCAGGAUAAAGUCACCUACUGGGUGAAGGACUACAGCACCAACUCCUGUGAUGAAAAUCUAAAUUAUUGCAUCGGACUCAUUGAGGAAGUUGCCAAAGUGCAAGCACAGCUCUUUGGGAUCCUCACAGUGACAGCCCAAGAAGGAGGACAUAAUGAGGGUGUGGAAACAAUCAAGGGUCGCCUUCUGCCUUUGCUGGAGACUUCUUUCAGUUCUGUAAAUGUGACAAAACUUAUGGAGAACAAGGACCCCUCUGUGCAGGUCACGUAUUUUAGAGAUAGAAACAAAGACCGUAGUAUACGGGAACAGGACCAACAGGACAGUGACUUCCGCUCAGACCGCCCACAAAACCAGGUUCAAGACGAUCUGGCUGACACUGGAAAGAGUCUUGAUGGAGACAAGAACAGAUCAACCAUAUCCCUCAUGGCUGCAGAGGAGGAGAUAAAUCAGCUAAAAAAGCAACUUAAAUCUCUUCAAGCCCAGGAAGAAACCCGCCACAGAAACUCAGACAGUCGGCGCUCUGAGGCUUCCAAAUCUGACCGGCGAGCUUCAAGCAAACGGACCUCAGAUGCGCGGACCUCAGAGCCACGGAGCCAAGAGGUGAUGUCAGACUAUGGGAAACAGCUCCAAAAUCUGAAGGAUGAGAUAGCUGUCUUGUCUGCUGAAAAAGCCGGUCUCCAGGGAAGGUCAACCAGGAGCCGGUCUCCUAGCCCUAGUCACCGCAGCCGCAGCCGCAGCCGCAGCCGCAGCCGCAGCAGGUCCAACAGCCCCUGCACCACAGUGGCCAAGAUCAGAAGCCCGUCCCCAAACCAAUCCAAAAUAUCCAGCGUGGCUCGCAAAGCCGCUCUCCUGUCCCGCUUCAGCGACGCCUAUUCCCAGGCCCGCCUGGACGCGCAGUGUUUGCUGCGGCGCUGCCUCGACAGAGCUGAGACGGUGCAGCGGAUCAUUUACAUCGCCACAGUGGAGGCAUUUCACGUAGCGAAAAUGGCGUUCAGGCACUUCAAGAUCCGGGUAAGGAAGAUGCUGACCCCGUCGCACGUGGGCUCAAAUGACUUUGAGUGCGCAGUCAUGGACUAUAUCAUCUGCCAUCUUGACCUCUAUGACUCCCAAAGCAGUGUUAAUGAUGUGAUCCGUGCCAUGAACGUCAACCCCAAGAUCUCCUUCCCUCCUGAAGUUGACUUCUGCCUCCUCCAUGACUUCAUCCAGGAGAUAUGCUGUAUUGCCUUUGCGAUGCAGUCCUUAGAUCCACCACUUGAUAUCGCGUUUGGGGCUGAUGGAGAAGUCUUUAAUGAUUGCAAGUACCGCCGCAGCUACGACUCGGAUUUCACCGCUCCCUUGGUCUUUUAUCACGUGUGGCCUGCUCUCAUGGAGAAUGACUGUGUCAUUAUGAAGGGAGAAGCAGUUACCAAGAGAGGGGCUUUUUGGAGUUCUGUGCGACCUAUAACACGCUGCCGCAGCAGGAGCUUAAGUCCUAUCUGUCCCCGUAACCGCAUUGGAUUAAGCACGAUGUCUCGGAGUCGGAGCCCUUCUCCAAUAAGAUGUACAUUGCCAAGGUAUUAAAACCACCAGCCACGCUUGUUUGCCACAGUCCAUUGGAACAGCCAGUUUCUUCAGAGCCUCCGCCCACCUGACUUGUCUGCCUCCGACCUCACUUAACAUGAAAUGAAAAGGCAAUUCUGUGUAUCACUCCGCACAGAGAGUUCAAUGCUUUGGCUCAGUGCCUCUGUGACUCUGGGUAACAUAGCCGCUCCUUCUAUUUUGUAGGACCAAAUUCCAUCAAUUUCAUAAAAACAAUUACAUAGGCAUGUAGGAUCACAUUCAUUUGAACCAAGUCCACUACAAAGGUAUGGACUUCCCUCCCAAAGUCCUGGGCUCGUGCAGAGCGCCCCUAGGAGUGCAAGCAGGAGCCAUCAUCCAGCGGAGUCCCCAAAGAAGGACAAGUGACUUCCUUUGCAGAUCUUUGCAGAUCCAUGCUCUUAUUGUCAGCAUCACUGGAAUUGUGGGUUCAGUGUUCUGAUCCCCUCUCAAGGCUUCCAAAGCAUCUGUAGCCUCAGGCUGGGAAGCUCAUGCCAGCACCACUCGCUUCAGGGAAAAUGUAGACCAUAAGAACAUAUACAUUUAAAAGGAUAGAGCAGUUAGCUUGCUUCUCUCUUUGUGCUUUGGCUGAAUGUCAAAGGUACUGGGUUUUGUUUCCCAUUUUCCUUCUUUCCUCCCUUCCUCCCUUCCUCCCUUCC